AUGCGCCGCGUUUCCAGCUCUCUCGAUGGUAUUACCACGUCUCGAGAGCGCGGUGCCCAGGCGUUCGAGAUGAGACAGUUCAACGGCAGCUUCGACAGCUUGGAUUCGACUGCGUCUUCGGAAUUCUUUGGGAGUGCCAACCACUGGCAGGGAUUUGAGUCAAGAGAUCCCCAGAGAGUACUUUUUACAGAGGAUCCUCCCACGGACAUUGCCAACGGCAGCGUCGGUAUCCCGCGUCUCCCAUUCCCGCUCAUCAGCCUACCUGAGGCUGCAAAACUCCAAAAGAUUCGUAUUCAGCGCGGUGAAGAAGAUCACACCGACCCAGCAAUAUCGUUCGUAACCAGGGCACAUUCUGAAAAGCGCAGUACAGUUUCAUCCACCAACAGUCCUCGCACACCUCGCUCUGUUCUCUUUCCUCAUAGCCAAAUGGGCAGUAGCCGCGACCGGCUCGAAAAGCCGAGUCCUACAUACUCCCUCUGGGGCUCUCCACGCAGCUAUGGUCUGUCAAACGAGUCCAUCGAACGCAUCUCCUCGUUGCUGCUCCUCGGUGGUCAGCGGCGGUCUCAGGUCCUCAAGAUCCCCGACCCGCGUUCCUCGUACUGGGAUUCGGCCGACGAGGAGUUUCGGCAAGUUGCCCCGAAACUGCUGCGACUGCGUGGAUUCUCAGCCUCGACCAGAGAGCGCAGAGCGAAAGACAGCCCGCCGCAGCUCAAACAGUCCCUCUUUUCCGCAUCGGAAACGCGCCUCAUGGAGUCUGCGCGGGCCGACAUUCUAUUUCGAAGACGCUACGCCCAAGACUGUGAGAAGCGCCUGUCGGCGGUAUUUGUCUCGGUAGUGCUGUUGAGCGUGGUUUUUCCCGUGGCUGGUCUCAUUGCCCUCUACGGCGCGUUCAACUCGACCACAAGCUGGUGCACGCAUGGCGAGAUAGGGCACUUUACCGUCCGGCAGAGGACGGUUCUGAAGCGCGUGCUGUUUGCGGAGCUCGCCGCAUACAUGUGUCUGGUCAUUAUUUUGGCCGUUUACUUUUCUGUCGAACAGUAA